CAAAAAAAAAUAGAUAGACAGUGGAGCGACAGAUACGAUUGCCUCGAGUCGAAUCGAAUCGGUUCAGAAUUUCAAUCGAGGACCCCCACCAUGGUGGAUGUGCAGCGAGUCGGCGCACAACGGUCCUUGGCACCACAGGCGGCCCUUCCGAGGAAAGCGCCGUCGUCGAAAAGCCCUCAGCAGCAACCACCGCAGACUCGCGACAACCCGUUUGCCUUGAGCCACCCGCUCGUGUACGCGGUCCGGGUCGAGGACCGUGUGCGGGGGCUGGGUGGAUUCAUCCGAGACGAGAUAGCUCCCAAGGUUUCGCGGUUGCAAAGGGAACAUGGGUGCAUCGAGCACCAGCUCCAGCAGCGGACGGCAAUGAUGAUUGGAAGCAACAACCAAACGACGAGCAGCUCGAAACAGAAGAUGAAGCACCAGGCAUGGCUGUACAAAAGAACCUCGAAGAAGCGAGAACUGAAUCGAAUGGAAACCUUUCUUGAGCUAGCGACCAAUUUGUACAGGAUAUCGAACGAGCUCAAUCCAGCCAUUUUAUACACUACCGUCCUGUGGCAACGGAGUCAAUCGAUUGCUCCCCGCGACUUUGUUGCUGCGGAGGUCGACAGGGACGUGGUCUGCUGCGAUUCCAACAGCAACAAUAGCAGUGACAACGAUUGUGAGCGUCGCCGGUCCGAGCAGCGGCGAUUGCUGCAAGCCUAUCGCAACGCCUGCCUGGAAAACGUCCGGCUCUCGAAAGCCGUUUGGGAACGUCUCGACCGAUUGGAUGGGACAGAACAACAUUCUUCUGCGRCAUCGGCAGUGUCCUCGUUAUCAACGUCUACGGUGGCCUCCUCGAAUAAUGGUGAAUCGAGCAUCGGCGUUGCCAGCCGAGAGGACGCAUCCAUACUGUCCUCUCUCAGGAUUUUUUGYAAUAGUUUUUUCGUCUGCAGCAGCUGCCKGGGUAUKUUCCACAGAGAUUAUUACCAAGCUCUCGUGGUGCGGCUUCCCGAUCACCAAAAGACCUUGGACCCAUCCCCAUCCUUCUCACCAURCAUUUGCAUUCAUUGCUGGAAUACAUGGGCCCGCGAGCAACGGCAGGAAAGAAACCGCAAGGCUCUGGGACGUACUACAAACCUUCCGCAAAGAACAGCAGGCUCUACAAAUCAAUCGUUGGGGAACAGCGGGAAGCUUGAAGAGGAUCGAAACGGUCGAGGUUGUGCACACACCAAGGUCUUACCUGCGAUACAGGUUCCUUCGACUUCGGGUACCUCUCUCUGUAAUAGCAACAAGAAAGAGUUUGUACCACAAAAGAAGACGACGACAAUAACACCUCCGGCAAAGAGCCAUGAGAAUGCGAAAAAUUCUAAAUUCGAGAGCGCACGCUACAAGGCUAGGAAGAAAGUMAUUCAGGACAGAAUAUCGAUGGCAAGAAGUCAAAACUGCGCUUCCGCCAAAAAUCAUGAGCCUGUCCAUGCCAAAGUGGAAAUAAGCGUCACGAAUAUUACAACUCCGAGAUCUCAGAAAGAGAGCACAGAARGAAAUUGGAGCGAAUUGGGCUCAUCAUUAUCGUCYUCUCUUUGCCUCCAUCCCGCAUUGAAACAGUCGCUCAAGAAAAAGGCAACUCUUUCGAUCCCAUURGAACCCACAUGUCCUCUGAAACUAGCGGAACAGCCUCCCAGAAGAACAACAAGUAGGACCGAUAGAAUUUCUACGAUGAAAUUGAAGAUGAACAGUUGCGCAGUCUUAGACAGCGAUAACAGUCACUGCGCAGACACUGCAGCAGCAGAGAAACAAAGCAGCAAAAGUAGCUGGAGUCGAUUUGGGUCGUCGGAAUCCUCUAUUUGCAGCAAUUCCAUUGCCGAAUGUGAGUCGCUCCACUCUACUGCUUGUACACCAUCGCCUCAAAAACAAAGAGUUCGGACAAACCCAAUCCGGAAAUCGACAGCCUCAGAAGUAUCAGACCAUGCGAUUCAUUCCAUCGCGGAAUCCCUUUGUAGCGACUCGUUCAGCAUACCGGCUUCCGUUGAUCUACACAAAUCAUUUGGCAAGCAGUUCCUCAAAAGCGCCAUGAAGACAAAGACACUCCUAGAUUCCAUUGCCUCUGUGAGUGGUGGAUGUUCACCCACCAAGGUUCAAGACUUUCCCUUCACAACAAAGCCGACGAAAGUAACUCCCUCUUGUAAGAAGAAAAACGUGCGUUUUCGGACGCCACUUGUCGAAUACAGUCGAAAAGACCAAACAACGUUUAUCGAGGACAGCUCCAUACUCGAUACAUCAGCUGAAAUAAUGGAAGCAACGGAAUACUUCUGUACGUGCGACACUUUGAUGAGUGCAUUCGAGAAAAAUAAGUACCGAAUGAAGUAAGAGAGCCGAUCUUGGUGCGCCGAAGGGUAUGGAUAUCGUUAUUCCAGUACACCUGCAGUAGUUGUAAGAAUAGAGAAAGAAAAGCAAAAAAAGUCACAGAAGUGAAGGUGUUCGACAAUAUUUAGCAAUAAAAAAUGUUUUUUUGUAGUGGACAAUACAAUUAUAUACACUGA